GCCUGCACCUGAACCCACACCUGAACCAGCACCUGUGGGCCCACAGGGCAAGGGUCCGAAAGCAGCCACAUCUGGACCUGCACCAGUGGUGGUCGAGGCUAACCCUGCACCGGAGCCGGACACAGUCCUCCCUCAAGUGAACGGAGGAGGAGCAUCUGCCUCAAAGGGACAGGGGGCGAAACCAACCAAACCUGACUGUGGACCAUCAGGACUACCAAAUGGACAAUGGAUGAAAAUACCAAGACCUGGUUACGGUGCAGCUGCUGGAGCAUCUGCUGGCACAAACACUAAAGGUCUUGGAGCAGGACCUGGUAUUCCCAACGGAUACGGUGCUCAACCCAAUGGACAAGGAGCCAGAGCAGGCGGGUAUUCAAAUGGAGGAGGAGCUAAAGCAAACAAACCAGGUUAUGGAGCAGGAGGCUAUGGUGUCCCUGGACUAAGCAAUGGAUAUGGAGCUGCAGGCCUGGGAUAUCCUUAUGCAGGCAAACCUCAGCAACCUGUUUAUGGACAAGGAGCGUACCUCGGAGCUGGAUAUGGAAAUGGGAAUCCAUAUGGAGGUUAUGGAAAUGGCUACAGUGCUGGUGUACAACCUGAUUAUGCAAGUCUUGGCCAAGGUGUUCCCACUGCUAAUGGAAAGUCAGGUGGUGCCAAACAGAUGCCUUACAAUGGAGCCCCAAUGGUUCCUGCUGCUGGACUAAAUGGAAUGAGCCAGUUUGAGCCUCAGUCUGCCGGCCUUGGUCCAAACGGAAAACUGGGCAGUAUGUAUGGUGGAAUGGGUGGCUUGCCUUUUGGCGGUCAGACUUUGGGAACAGGAGCAGAGAAAUCAAACACCAAGUACGGCAUUGGUGGUUUGCAAUUUGGUGGACAACCCCUCAGCACAGGGACUAAUGGAGCAGGGAACUAUGGUUAUGGUGGGAGCCCCUAUGGGCCUGCUGGUGAUGGAAAAUCAUCUGGAAAAUAUGGUGGUCUUGGUGCCAGCUUGGGAGGGGAUCCUGCUCCUGCACAAUAUGGAUAUGGUGGGUUUCCCAAUGGUGGGCAGCUUCUUGGUCUCGGCAGUAAUGGAAAUAUAGCCGGCAAAUAUGGUUAUGGAAGAAUGCCUUAUGAAGCUCAACCAGCUGGACUAACCCCUGAAGCCAAAUCUGCUGGAAAAUAUGGCGGGUCACAAUAUCAGCCUGAACCUCUUGGACUGGGGCAGAAUGGGAAAUUAACAGGCAAAUACGGUGGCGGUGAAACUCCUUAUGCACCUCAAGCUCUUGGGUUUGGAAGUGAAGCAAAAUCUUUCGGAAAAUAUGGUAACCAGGGACAAUACCAGCCACAGCCACUUGAAUCUGCAGCUGAAGGCAGAUCAGCUGGAGAAUACGAUACAGCUGAUUUACCUUACGAGCCUCUGCCUCUCGAGCCAGAUUCAGCUGGAAAGUCUUUCGUGAAGGGAGAGGUACCAACACCGGCAGCUGCAGUGGAAGGUGACGGGAUGUCCAUUGAUAGAUACGAAGAUGUGGGCUAUAUAAAUGGACAAGUGCAACCAGAAGUUGUUGCAUUCCCUGCAGCUCCCACUCCCAGCCCCACCCUGCUCUACCCCUCCGUCCCCUCCUACCUGCCUGUUGAGUCCUUAACACCUGAUGUGCUGCCUGGAGGAGAUGUUGAGGACCUGCCCGACCCUGCAGGCGCUGACGGCCUCCCUGUUGACUCCGCUCCCGCCACUGAGAUGCACGGUGUGUCCCAGGCACCCGAGCAAUCCGACGAUCUGGUUCCCCAGCAGCAGAUGCCCCGUCAGAUACACAUUCAGCAGCAUCUCAAACUGCAUUUUCAUCCACAAGGAGCAAAGAACAACAAAUAUGAUUUGAACGGCUUCUUUGGAAACGGUGGCUAUCAAGGUUAAGCCUGCUGACAACGACAAGUAUAAUGUUUUUCUGCCGUUGUAUAUUAUUUUUAAAUGUUUCCUAAUUGUAUAUUAUUUUUAUUGUCCUCUGUCUGUCGAAUAGUCCAGGUAUUUGUGUGUUUGUUUGUAGAGAUAAAACAGCAUUUAAACACUUUGAGAUGUUAGACUUUCUGUUUUUGUAUAUUUUUAUGCACCCUGCAUCCUUUUUGUGCUGCACUUACUGCUUACUGUACAUGCAGAAAUGUUUAUGCUGGAGAAAAUGAAGUUAGUCUGCUGCAUACCGACAGUUUUCCUGAUAUUAUCAACUAUAAAAAAACAACUGUAAAACGUUAUUCAGUCUAAUUUAUUUUGCAUGGGAGGGUUGUUUUUUUUACUACUUGUCG